AAGAAGAUGCCAUUCCUCGUCCUUGACGUUGCGGACAAACUCAGGCUGGUCCACAUUCUACACCGCCCCGGGGCGACUUUCCGGACUGGUGUAUCUGCACACGGUGCAGGCCUAUGGAGACAGUGCAGCAGCAUGUGUGCUGUGGUAUGCGCCCAGAACUGUGCCAUAGCAUAAAUGCUGAGAUGCGUCUAAUGAUCCUAGAUGCUGGUGUCCUGCGCACCCAGAUGCUGUACAGGAACGAUGUUUUUGCUAGGCAUGCAGCAUCAGAAAAGGAUGUAAACAAGUCAUAUCAACAUGCUGGCUAUCGACAGUACACCCUAAUUCACCAUGGCCGGCUGGGAUUGGGCGUGAGGCGACCAGUACCUUCCUGCUGCACCUGGGACAUACGAGACACCUUCCCUGAUCCUGAUGAAUUCUAUGUUCCAUAUGAACCUUCUUGGUGAAAGACCAGUUCAUUGCAUUUAUAUAAUGUGUUUAUUCGUUGCUAUUUUGUAUAAUAAAUACACUGUCUAUGCGUUGUCAAAUAUGUCAGUAGUUUUUGCUUAAAUAGGUUAUUAUAAUGAUUUUAAUAAAUCAUUAAGUUUAAAAUUUUAACAAAGUAACAGAGAUGGCUGGAAUGCAUGCUGAGAUU